CCUUCACAAAACCAAUUCGAGAUGCUCGGAUUUGCCCUGAUACUCCUCGUCGGCGCGUUUCUCCCACUAGUGUCCUGCGGACCCUUGGUUACCGGCGCACCGCACAACUCAAGCUCUGCUGCUGCCGGCAUGGCCACGGUCUAUACCAGCUGCACAACAAAGAACUUUGCUGCGCUGACAUUCGAUGACGGGCCGUGGGUGUACGAGGUGGGUAUCAGCAACCUCCUCAGGGACAACAAUGUAUCGGGGACCUUUUUCGUCAGUGAGCUACCAGAUGGUUGCAUAUAUGACGACGACAUCGUGACCAGCAUCCAAUCCACCUUCCGCGCCGGGCACCAAAUCGCGUCCCACACCUGGUCCCAUCCAGAUCUCAACACACUCAUUGCGCAGGAGAUCCAGGAACUCGAUGUCGCGCUGAAGAAAGUUCUCGGAAUCAAGACCCGCUUUCUCCGUCCGCCGUACGGAAACUUUAACGACCGCGUCCGACAGGUCGCGGCCCAGAACGAUAAGGACUAUAUCGUCACCUGGAACUUUGACUCGGGCGACUCUGUCGGAGAGAGCUACCAGAACAGCGAGAAAGACUAUGCCAAGUUCCUCGCCGGCAAUCCGGACUCGAUGAUCGCGCUGAACCACGAGACCAUGAAAAAUACCGCCCAUUACCUUGUCCAGAACGCGAUAAACCAGAUCAAAGCCAAGGGCUAUCAGCUCGUGACCGUCGCCCAAUGCCUCGGAAUAGAUGCUUACGAGUCCUCCACUGGUCUUGGAACGAAAGACGUGCGUCUUUCCCUGGCUGUGUCAAGCGUACUACUCACAUCGCGGCUUCCACACAGGACACCUGGGCUUGCGAGGAUAACUCGUGAUUCGUUUAAAUACAACUAG